AUGAAGUUCUUCUCAAUCUUGCUCCUCGUUGCCUCGGUCUCGGCCGUUGCCAUUGAGCCCCGUCAUCAUGCUGGCGGAAAGGGAAACAAGUCUCCGGCCGCGGGCAAGAACGCUGGAGCUAACCAGGCGGCCAAAACGAGCGCUGCGAGCGCUGCGGCCGCUGCGGCUACGGGUGCGGCUUGUUUGAAUGCCCGUCACCACAGUGGAGGCAAGGGUAACAAGGCUGCUGCUGGCAACGGGGCCAACGCUGCUUCCAAUGCCAACGCCGCCGCCAACUGCAAUUGA